AUGAAUCUUCCUCAGUAUGGUUUUGUCUCAAUUGAAUGGAGUCGGCUACAUAGAUCCUUGCUUUUCAAUCAACUGUAUUUGAGGUCAUACUUGAAUCGUAAAAACAGUAUUCAGGAAAAAAUAUUCACACAACGGUUUCAAUGUUAUCCCCAAAACUCCUUUGCUUUAAUUAAUAAUGAAGAAAACAUAGAGAAGGAACCUCACAAGCAAGACAGGUUAGAGAAUGAUUAUUCAUCCAAACAAGAGGAUGCUUAUAAUGGACCAUUUGGAAAAUUAUAUGCAUUUUACAGAUUUACUCGUCCAUAUGCUGCCAUUGGCACAGGUCUGGCAGUAACAUCUGUUUCUUGUCUUCCAGUAGAAACGAUCUCCGAUUUCACUCCAACAUUUUUCAUAGAAGUACUAAAGGCUGUUAUUGCAACAAUAUUGGCUCACAUUUAUGUAGUUGGAGUGAAUCAACUAUAUGAUAUAGAAAUUGACAAGGCCAACAAAAAACUUGUUCCAAUCGCCUCUGGAAUCUUCUCAAUUGGAACUGCUAAGGCCAUUGUUUGGAUAGUCACAUUGCUGAGCCUUUCUAUGGGAGUGAUGUCUCAAUCUCCAGCAUUUCUCUGCGGCAUCCGUGCAUGCUUAAUAUAUGGAACCGUAUAUUCAGUUGACGAUGUGCCAGAUGUUGAUGGAGACGAAGAAAAUUCCAUUGUCACCUCUAGCACCAAACUUGGCAAAGAAAGAGCAUUCUCCCUCGGCAUUAAUAUCCUUUUGAUUGCUUAUGGUCUUGGAAUGAUAAUAGGGGUUUCUUCUUCAUCUUUGUUGUUCAAACUUAUCACAAUAUUGGGUCAUUCUGCCAUUGCUGCUGUUCUGUCACUUCGUUCUAGGACUGUUGAUCUUAAAGAUAAAUUAUCUACACAAUCAUUUUAUAUGUUCAUAUGGAAGUUAAUCUAUGCUGAGUGCUUCCUUCUUCAAUUUGUACGCUGA